AUGAGAAUCAGCAAAAAGAUCGAGCAGUCCAACAAGGAAGGCAAAUUAUGGUGGUCAUUCGAAUACUUUCCACCUCGGACAGCUCAGGGUCUCCAAAACUUGCUUGAUCGUAUCAAGCGCAUGACCGCAUUGGGCCCAGAAUUCAUUGAUAUUACAUGGAAUGCUGGUGGUCGGACGUCCGAUUUGACUGCACACAUGGUGAAGACGUGUCAAGGCUCAGUGGGCGUAGAAACAUGUAUGCACUUGACAUGCACGAACAUGCCUAAAGAAAAAGUCGACAUUGCUCUCCAGGAAGCAAAAAAAGCUGGCUGUCGCAACGUCUUGGCUCUUCGUGGUGACCCACCUCAAGGGAAGGAUGAGUGGGAAGCGGUCGAGGGUGGUUUUGUACAUGGUAUUGACCUGGUCAAACACAUCCACAACGAAUACGGGGACUACUUCGAUAUCGCAGUCGCUGGAUUCCCUCAGUUCCAGCUCCUUCCGCCCGCAGAACGUGACCUUGAAAUGAAAUACCUCAAAGAGAAAGUCGAUGCAGGCGUCAACUUCAUUUUCACACAGAUGUUCUACGACGUCGAUGUCUUUAUUGACUGGGUGAAUGCAGUUAGGGCGGCUGGAAUCACGAUUCCAAUCGUUCCUGGUAUUGCUCCUGUUCAGACGUGGAAUGGCUUCUUAAAGGCCACAUCUCUUGCGAACACCAAGAUUCCGCAGUUUUUCUUGGACGCUCUAGAGCCUUAUAAAAACGAUGACGAGAAGGUUCGAGAGAUCGGAACUAAGCUCGUGGCGGACAUGUGCCGGAAGAUUCUUGCUGCUGGCCUCGGGAUCCAGGGUCUUCACUUCUAUACCAUGAACUUGGAGAAGGGGACAAAGAUGCUGCUAGAGGAACUGAACCUUACGCCUCGUGUAGAGACUAUCAAGCCUUUACCCUGGAGACAAUCGCUUACACCAAACCGACGGCAAGAAAACAUCCGUCCUAUCUUUUGGGCGAAUCGGGCCGAUUCAUACCUUUCGCGUACUGAAAACUGGGAUGAGUUCCCAAAUGGUCGGUUUGGUGACUCACGGAGUCCCGCGUAUGGUGAGCUUGACGGAUACGGAAUCUGGCUCAAACAAACGAAGGAGGAGGCUUUGAAACUUUGGGGAGAGCCCAAGACAUUUGGAGACGUCGCAUCGUUAUUUAGUCGAUUCUGUUUGGGUAGUCUCAAGGCCCUCCCAUGGUCGAAUCAAGCAGCGUCUUCCGAAACCUCUGCCAUCGCCUUGCAACUCGCUAAGAUGAACGAACUUGGUUUCUUGACAAUAAACUCUCAACCCGCCGUCAAUGGCGCAAGGAGCGACGACCCACAAUUUGGUUGGGGUCCAAGUAAUGGGUACGUCUACCAGAAGGCAUAUUUAGAGUUCUUCGUUGGCCCUCAACUGCUAGAACUCCUGCUUGCUCACAUCGAGCAUGAUAGCAAUAUGACCUACUACGUCAUCAACAAACAAGGUGACCUGAGGACGAACACCCAUUCCGACGGACCCAACGCUGUCACAUGGGGAGUUUUCCCCGGCAAGGAGAUUGUCCAACCAACAGUUGUCGAGGCUCUCAGCUUCAUGGCGUGGAAGGACGAAGCAUACGAGCUAGGUGUCAAGUGGGCCAACAUUUACGAGGCAGGGACGCCAUCACGCAAGCUCAUGAUGGAGAUCUUUGAAUCAUCAUGCCUCGUCAACGUCGUCCACAACGAUUUCAAGGAUUCACAAGCCAUCUUUGAGCCCUUCUUCAAGGCAGGUGCGGAAUACACAGCCCAGCACAUCAAUGGCAACGGCUCUGCUGCACCCAAGGCACUUCCAAACUAG